CAGCAUCUCGUGCAAGCUGUAUGGUUAGGCUGUAGCUGUGGGCUCACACACAAGCGCCAUAUCGCAGACAGCCAUGGAUGCGGAGGGAGUUCAGACGACGAGCAAGGAGAUGGUGGACUAUGUUGCUGAUUACCUGGAGAAUAUCAGAGAACGCCGCCCGCUACCCACCGUGAAACCUGGCUAUCUGGCUAAGCUGAUACCGGAGGAAGCUCCCCAGCAACCAGAAGCAUGGGAAGACGUGUUCAAGGAUAUAGAGCGGGUCAUCAUGCCUGGGGUGACUCAUUGGCACUCUCCACAAUUCCACGCCUACUUUCCGACGGGGAAUUCCUACGUAUCUAUCUGCGCCGACAUGCUAUCCGAUGCCAUCGGCUGCAUUGGCUUCUCGUGGUCUCACAGCUCGGUGGAGCGGGCCGGGUUGCUGGGAGCAGUGACGAUACGUAAGCUGGCCACCGAUGAGAACUUCACGCUGAGAGGAGCAGAACUACAGCGGGCGAUCAAGAAGGAUCGAGCUGCCGGACACAUUCCAUUCUUCCUUUGCGCUACGCUGGGAACGACAUCGUCCUGUGCUUUUGACAACAUUAGGGAGCUGGGCCCGAUAUGUACACAAGAAGGCGUAUGGAUGCAUAUAGAUGCCGCAUAUGCGGGCAGUUCAUUUAUUUGUCCCGAGUAUCGGCAUCUGUUAGAAGGAGUUGAGUUUGCAGAAUCGUUCAAUUUCAAUCCGCACAAGUGGAUGCUGGUGAACUUUGACUGCUCAGCGAUGUGGAUACACUGGCAGAUUCCGCUCGGCAGACGCUUCCGCUCCCUCAAGCUCUGGUUCGUUCUCAGGUUGUACGGUGUCAGCGGUCUACAGGAGCACAUACGCAGACAAAUUAGUCUAGCCCAGGAGUUCAAGGCCAUGCUGCUGCAAGAUGAGAGGUUUGACUUGAUCGCACCGGUGACUAUGGGUCUCGUCUGCUUCCGUCUCAAGGGUUCGAAUGACGUCAGCGAGAGGCUCCUGAAGCGCAUCAACGACGACGGACGCAUCCACAUGGUUCCCUCGAAGAUACGCGACGUCUACUUCCUCCGCUUCGCCGUCUGCGCCGCCAGCACGCACUCUGCCGACGUAAGGCUCGCGUGGGACGUCAUCGCGCAGCUCGCUGGCCGUCUGCUGGCUGAGGAGGAAGCGAGCGUCGUUAGCAACAAGAUGGCCGCCGUCUCGCUCGGCGUCGUCAACGGCGAGAAGUGACAUCUAGCGACGUCGAGCGAAGUUAGUUAGCAGUUGAACGUACAGAACAGCGUAGUAGGCUUACGUACGGAACUAUAUGCGUAGGUACUGGAGAUGCGAGUGGAUGACCGAUAGCGUUAUGUCGCUGCCUUCUAGACGUUUCAGUCAAAGUAAAAAAUGCGCGUGGAGUAAAAAAGUAACUGAGUGGAGAGGUCGACAAGUUUCAUAGUUUAGGCAUUAGUUAGGUUGUGUGCAGGAUGUAACACUACCCAAAAAUUGUACUUUUAGUGGCGGAUCGGGGGCUUGGUAAAGAAGAGGCUCAAAUACCCAUUCAAAAAAUGGUAGAAAAAACAUUUAUUUCCUACGAGAAGGCUGAACUUUAUUUAGAGUACAUCAGACAUUUUUGUCUAUAUAUCCCGAAUUAAUUAAGGAGCAUGCCAACAUGCAAACCCUCUGCAUGGUAAUGUUUUAAACCUACGGCGGUCGAAUAUGAUUGUAGCUUCCCGGCAGUUCCCGCCAUGAAUGCCCACCUAUGAUGUCAGUCCACUUUUCUUUGACAUAUCCUAGAUUCGUCAAUAUAAUAUGCGUUCAUUCAGGGGGUGAAACCGGUGGAGAGUGCAGAGGGCUACAGUCCCCGCCCCCUGUCGGGGGAAAAAAUCAAUAACUCGUCGGGUAACGCUAUAUGAACGAAAUUGUGAUCGCUCUUCCUCUGUAGCAGUAACUUAUGAGAGCAACCAUGCCUUAGCGACCCGUCAGAGCUCUUACACCCUGUCUAAAACCCUUGCCCCGCCGGGGACCUUACAGCCUGUCAAAGACCCUUAGUCCUCGUAGGGGACAUUUAGUCCCCUGUAAGGCACCUUGGCCCCUGUACCGGGAUAUCUCUGGUAUCACCCCUGCGUACAUCACCGUAGUCAGGUACAUUAGUAGUAAUACAUCAUUACCAUUUGUAGAAAUAAACUAUGUAUAGGCGUAACACGUGUGUUUGUGUUUGUGUUUGUGUGCGUGUGCGUGUGCGUGUGCGUGUGCGUGUGUGUGGGUGUGUGGGUGUGAGUGUGGUAUAACAUAUAGCACACCCGACUCCUUAUAGAGGUAUAAGCAGCCGAUCUCUUCAGGUGGUGUCGAUAUGCUAUAAGGGUCUUUGUGAGUGGAGGCAGUAUACGUACAUUCCGUGUACUGAUACAAUCAGUACACAUCCGAAUAAAUGGGAAACGAUUUCAUUUUCUACGCUUCGAUGAUCUCUGAUCAUAUUCGCUGAUGUUUUUUUCCUGCAGAAUAACAAAAAGGAGAUAUAGGGGAUGCAUACAAAUGUAGUCAUUUCCUAAAGGAAAUUAUUUUCUUGCUACUCGAUUAACCUGACAGAUGACAUUUUAUGGCGUGAAACGCCAUAAAAAAAAUUAUUAAUUUAUUAAUUUAUUAAAAAAACACGCCAUUUAGCUGUUAUACUCCCAAUCAUAUUUGGCAGUAUUAUUCACAGAAAAACCAAAAUAUUAUAUUCAAAUAUUUAAUAGGAUGUAUAAAAUUGUGAUAAAAAUGGCAGCUACGCGAUUGUAAAUGACAUAUAUAUAUAAUGUUAGCAUGGCACUAGCCUAGUGCUGGCCUAAUUGUAAUAAUGUUUGACAGAGCGAGCAUGACGCUAUAUAACAUUUAGUUAAUAACAACAUGUGUUGGUGUUUCUUAGAUUGGCCAACAUUAUAUUAAAGACAUCUAUAGUCACUGAGAUAGUAUAGAGGCUACAGCCCCAAGGAUUCACUCAGUAAAAUGUUUCGUACGUAGCGCUUGUCCACAAAAACGCACGAACAGGUACAAAAUUUUAAGAAAAACGCAUGUUAAAUGCUCAUGUGCUUUAGGGAUUAGUUUUUGCCUUAAUAACGAAUGACAACGAACACGACGAGUGUGUAUGUGUAAGCAGUAUGGGUUCAUGGCAAUGUUUAAAAAAAUAAGACUAUUCCUGGCUUCCUUUCCGGGUCCCUUACGGUAGUUGAUGGGCGAUUAGUGGUGUUCACUUUGGUUGAUAACUCCUACAUGGCGUCACAUUUUGAUAAUGUUUAAAUCGCAAUUAUAUUUCUUUGUCUCAGCUUUUCUGCCUCGAAGGGUGGUCCUUUUAUCACGCGGUGCAACGGGGCGCAUUUUCUCAGGAAAACAACGCGCGUUUAUGGGGACUUUUCGCUUUUCCCGUCGCAAAACGUUGGUACGACGUAUUUUACUGGGUGAACCGCUUGGGACAACCCCGUACAUGAUUAUAUUGUUCUGACUAUGUUCACAGAUAGGUCGCAUUAUAUAGAGUUAUUAGAAAAUUAUCGUGCGGCAAUCGCAUCAACGAAUCAAAAGCAGCUUUUUAAUUGCAAGAUGCUAUAAAAUGUUAGUUCGUAUAUUUUCCCGUUCGUUUUCUGUAAGUCGUUCGAAAAGUAAGGUCCAAAAAUAUUUUUUGAAAUCUAACACCGUAUCAUAUUUAAUCGGAUAUAUUUGACUGUCGAUGGCCGUUGAUGGUAAGUUUAUUUGUCACUAAUGUUCAUACCUCAAUUUAUUUUGCGACCCCACCCCAACCUACAGUAACACACUUUCCUACAUGCCAACAAGCACGUGUCGUACCGAACUGGGUAUAUUAUUAUUCAAGUCCAUUUUUUAAUCUCAAACCUAUUGCUUCUGUAAUCUGGUUCAACAGUUGUAAAUCGCAGUUUUAUCGUGGUAAAAAUAUACUGUGCCCUUCUUCUGAACUUUGUUUUGUAUGCGACAGUAGUGUGCAAAAAUCAUUUUGAAAACAAGCAGAAUAUGUGAUGAUCAUUAGUUUAUUUAAAAAAUGUGUAAAUAUAUUUUUUCAUAACAAUGAUUAUUUAAACGAUCCACAAUGUAAAGAACAUUUCAUGUGCUACCAAAACACAUACACCCACAUACACACGCUCGCAUGCACGCAUGCACGCACGCACACAUACACGUGCACAUUUACUCCCGUUCACGCGCACGUGUAUGAAUAUAUAUAUAUAUAUAUAUAUAUAUAUAUAUAUAUUAUAUACAUGUUUUAGUCGCAUAUGAAAUGUUCUUUCAUUAUUGUAAUGAUUCAUGUAUUCGGAGCACAGCAGGGAAUUAACCUCUAACCUACACACGGUCGGCUCACAUAUCUGACGUGCACAGCAUGUACAUACACACUCACACAACAGUUUAGCGUAAGAAGAUGGUAAACAAUCAUGUAUUCACGUUGUCAAAUAAAAUAUCUGCAUAAUUAUCA